AUGAAGGUCCUUGGGGAGCUGAGUUUUGAUGUUAUUGUAGACAGUGUGGAAACUUGGCAUAUUACUCUCGACGUCAAUCUCAGAUGGAACAUCACUCUCACUAAUCUGCCCAGCCGCCUUUUUGAUGGCCGUCUGGGCGGCAGCCCUGAUCUGCUGUUCGGCGGUGGAGUUGAAAGCGCCAACGGCGGUGGGAAGUUUGUCCACCUCAGCUUUAAGAUCUUUUGUGACGUUUUCUCUAAACUUGUUUUCAAGUCCCUUAACCUUCUCCCUCACCGCCUCCAACCUUUUGUCCACGGCUUGGGCGGGGCUUUCAUUUUUGCCGGUGGGAGGGAUGCCGGGAGGGCUAGUCGCCUCUUUCAGCUGCUUGUCGAGAUCAUCUACAGUCGGUUUAAUUUGGUCCAAAAUUUCGCCAAACUUGUCGAUGCCUAA